AUGACAGAAAAAGGGAUUUGGCUGAAGCAAGAUAAGAAGUGUUCUGAUAUAUUCUAUCAUAUAAAGCCUCACAUUCAAAUCAACCACCAAUGGAACGUCAAGGAUCGAUAUGAUGUCAUAACAACAGAGUAUAGCUGGAACAAUGGUGACUGUUCUUUGGUUAAAACGAACGGGAGAGAAAUUUUUACGGCAACAUGUAACCCCCUGUGGUUUGAAAUCGAACCAGUAUGGUGCAAUUUUACCUACCGAAUUGUAUACAUGUACGACGCAAACUGGGAGCUUCACCACGUUUUACAAUUUAAUGUGGCAAAUAAGACUGAUGAAUACUGCGAACCAGUUCAUCAGAAUCGGAUGAUUAAUGUUUUAAAAGAAGAUAGUUUUGCAGACCGGAUGUAA